GUCUUGCCCAUCCUGCGGCUCGCGCGCCCCCUCAGUCACGACCCUGCUACCGGGCCCAACAACUGACCCUCGGGAGCGCCCCCGGCCGGCCAUGGAGGCCCUGUACCUGGUGUUGAACGGGAUCGGCCUGGCCUUGGACGUGCUCAACUUCUUGCUGGACCUCAACUUCCUCCUGGUGUCCUCCCUGCUGGCCGCCCUGACCUGGGUGGUGACCUUCGUCUACAACCUGCCGCACACGGUCCUGGCCGGCCUCCUGCACCUGGGCCGUGGGGCGCUGCUGUCCGUGUCGGCGGCCGUGGAAGGCCUGGCCCGCCUGCUCCUGGGGGUCCUGCAGGCAGCGGGCGGCCUGCUGCGGGGCUGCUGCUCGGGCCUGGAGAGCCUGACGGUGGUGGGCCACCUGGCCUUGCACGUGGCCGCGAGGGGCAGAGAGCUGGUUCAUCGGGGGGUCCUGAGCAUGGUCUCCUCCAGCCAUGCCCUGCUGCGCCAGGCCUGCGACGUGUGCGCCAUCGCCAUGAGCUUGGCUGCCUACGUGGUCAACAGCCUGGUCAACAUCUGCCUCAUUGGGACUCAGAACCUCUUUGCCCUCGGACUGGCCCUCUGGGACUCUGUGAUGGGGCCGCUGUGGAGGGUGACCGAUGUGUUGGGAGCCUUCUUUGCACAUGUUUCGAGCAGUGCUGUUGCCAUGGCAAUUCUUCUCUGGACGCCUUGCCAGUUGGUACUGGAGUUAAUAGCCUCUGGCACCCGUCUUUUGGCCAGUUUCAUGCUAGCUAAUCUCUCUGGCUUGGUGUUGCUGGUGGUAGUGUUGGCAGUGACUUUAACCAUCCUACACCCAGAUCUUGCCAUUCGGCUGGCAGUCCGGGUAACUGAACAGCUUCAUGCCCUGCCUUCUUACCAUCGGCUCCGUGGGGAUAUGGUACGACUCUCUCGCUUAGCGCUAGGUUCAGAGUCUUGGCGCAGGGUACGGAGCCGGAGCCUGCAGCUGGCAAGCUGGCCUAUUGUUGGUGGAGGAGGAGGAGGGGGGGGUGCCCCUGGGGCCCCCCAGGGUGGGCCAAGGAGGGGGCCGCCUGCCAGAAUCCGGGGACACGAGCAGCCUCCUGACCCAGUACCCAGGCUUCCCUUUCGGCCAGAGGAAGGGACAGGGGCAGCUCGAGUAGCACCUGUCAGGGGCCGGGAAAGACUCAAUGAGGAGGAGUCACUACCUGGGCAUGACCCAUGGCAGCUGCUGAAGGAACAAGAGGAAAGAAAGAAAUGUGUCAUCUGUCAGGACCAAAGCAAAACUGUGCUUUUGCUACCAUGUCGGCACCUCUGCCUGUGCCAAGCCUGCACUGAGAUUCUGCUACGCCAGCCAGUCUAUCAGCGAAAUUGCCCACUGUGUCGCCAGGGUAUCCUGCAGACCCUCAACGUCUACCUCUGAGGGCUCUGCGCCCACCCCAACUACCCUCACCAUGUUUUUUUUUUUCCUUUGGGGAAUUCAUUCUGCCUUUCCCACUGCCCUUCUCUGAGUAGGUGGGUACCCUGUAACCCUGCUGAUCUAGAGGCCAUCUGGACUCACAUUCCAAGCCUUUGAAGCCAUAAGGACACAAAGAUUCCCUUUUCUUCACCUUCUUAGAGUUAAGGGAACAGAGAAGCAGGCAGACUUUAGUUAGGCCAGGAAGAAUGGUGGUGGUGGAGGAAUGAUGACAUAGUUUCUCUAUGCCUUCUAGGACCAGGAAAUUUUAGGGGUGGUGAGGACUGGAGCAUCUGUAUCACCUAUGCAAGUGCCCCUGAGGCUACAACCUUCUGGGCUCCUGCCCAGAUGCAAAUCUUUGUGUUGGGCCAGAGGCCCUGACCUUGCUUCUGGUUUUCCUCUUUGAGGCCUGUUAUCUUGGCCCAUCUUACUCCCUUGCCUAGGCCCUCCUGCCAGAGCAGAUCUGCCUGCUACUUAUUUGGCUGCUGAAGAUCAUUGGGAAGAUCUUUGGCUUUUGUAGAUCUUUGACCUAUGCUAUCAGCCAAUUUUCUGCCUUCUUGGGUAUCCAAGGGUAGGGAGAUGUGGGGGUCUUUCAUUUGCUCUCUACUGCUGAGAGUUGCCCCUGCUCUCUCAGUAUGACUUCUUCAACACCCAAAAGCUAACGAGGCCAAUGCUGCCCUGGGGAAGAAGAGAGAAAGAGGCUGAGGAUCCUAGAUUCCUUCAGUGUUUGUCUUUUGGUCCCUCUUGCACCUUGUCUUCAUUGGGAGUCCAGAAGAGAACAGUCAGAGCUCCUAUAUCCUCAUCUCCGUAAUUCCACAUAUGAAAAUGACAUUCCCACUAGUCCUCUCUCCCUUUUCUGGGGAGCACAGGUUCCACAUUCCACAUGAGUUCUGGGUCCAGGUACUUCAAGAGGGAGGGACUGAUAGUAUAUUCCUGAAUAUUUACACUGUUACAGUUUAUUCCUGAAUAAAGUCUCUUCCACAGCC